UGCAUUUUGAAAAAUGGAACAAGAAAUUGGUACUUGGGAUUCGGUCUUAUUAGAAAAUCUUUCUGAAGAUAGUUUCAUUAAUAACAUACAUCAACGUUAUAAACGUGAUAAUAUUUAUACCUACAUUGGCACCUCAGUGGUUGCAGUAAAUCCAUAUCAUCACAUAUCAGAACAUUCGUUGGACUUAAUACGCAAUUAUGGUAGCAAAGGGCUUUUUCAAUUGCCACCACAUAUAUAUGGUCUCUCGAACCUGGCCUUUCAAUCCCUUAAGGAACAAAGCGAAGACCAGUGUAUUUUAUUAACAGGUGAAAGUGGUUCUGGUAAAACAGAAUCUUUUAAAAUGAUUGUCAAUUUCUUAACUCACAUACAAGAGAGGUCUAAGGAGUCAACAAGCUCACUACGAAAACAGUCAAAGGCCAGUUCAACAGUCGGAACCGCUGCUGCUGUUACCUCGAAUGUUGCCAGCGGUGGUUCAGUUGCUGGCAGUCAUAACCAUCGUCGUACCUCUAGCUCAUGUUCUGUGGGUCCUACACCGAAUUAUACUCUUUGCAAAAAUACAUCAGCUACGGCAAGUACUACUACUAGUUUGUCAAUACAAAGGCGCCAGUCUCCUUCUCCCGGACCGACAGCGCGAAGAUGUGAUGUUGCAUUACAACAUCGUUCUCGGGCCGAUAAUACUGAGCGUCAGGGAAAAUGUUCGAAUGUACGAGAAAAAAUGGUUGAUUUUGAUUUUUCACAUCACAAAAGCACAGAUAACAUAACGACCAUGGAUAGUUCAUAUACAACAGCGGCAUCCGUACACUAUAGCCAAGUGCUACAAGACACAGCAUCAGCGGUAACACUGUCACCACAUCCCGUUAAAUCAUGCUUUAAACAUCACCAAUCGACCCAAGUUCCCUGCAAUACUGCCACCCCUUUAAAAUCAACACUAUCAUCAUCGUCAUACGCUAGAAGUGCUUCUCCGAAAUUUCUAUCGGGCCCCAGUGGCGGUUGUCGACAAUGUGGCCACAGUAAAUGUACAAGAGCUCAAAGUUUCGAAAGAGACGAGCCAGAUUUUGGCUUUCAAAAGGCAUCUGGCAGUCGGAGUUUAUCUGCUUAUCCCUCAGUUCAACUACAACGCGGCAGUUGUUCUAAUCUAGUGCGGCAAACAUCAACCGAAAGUUAUACACGCGAUGAGCGCCUAUCCCUUAUGGGUUCGAUGCAACGCAUUUCUCUGUACGAUGCACAUAAAUUGACUCAAUCAGCUGCACAAAAAUCUCCUUCUUCGUCAUCGUCUUCAAGAAAAUACAAGAAUCCUUUAAAAAGAUUAAGAGAAUGUGUUUCAUAUGCAGAUGUUUUCCUAGAGGCCAUGGGCAAUGCAGCAACCCAUAAGAAUAACAACUCAAGUCGUUAUGGGAAAUUGUUUGACAUAGAAAUUGAUUUUAAAGGAGAUCCUAUUGGAGUUCAUAUAACACAUUAUAUGUUGGAAAAGACACGUGUAACAAACACAGCAAUAGGAGAAAGAAAUUUUCAUAUAUUUUAUCAAUUAUUAUUGGGUGGUGACUUACAAUUAUUAAAGUCCUUAAAAUUGUAUCGUAAUGUGGAGAAAUAUGAAAUCUUGAAAAAUACAACUGCCAUUGAAGAAGAUCGCACUAAUUUUCAUUAUACAAAGAAAUCCUUAGAGGUUCUUGGUUUAUCAUGUGAUGAAAUAAAUGCCAUUUUUCGUGUUAUAGCUGUUGUCCUUAAAUUAGGUAAUUUUAUUUUUGUACCCGUUACAAAUAUAGACGGCACUGAAGGUUGUCAAAUAUCAAAUAUUUAUGAAGUACAAGAAACUGCACAUUUACUUAAUUUGGAAGCUCAAAUUUUAACUAAUUGCCUUACAAGAGCUAGCUGCUCAAAUAGUACACAGGAAGACGUAGGUUGCGAACUAGAUGCCCGUCAGGCUUCUAUUGUCCGUAACACCUUAUGUCGUACACUUUAUGGACGACUCUUCACUUGGCUGGUGAAUAAAAUCAAUGAGAGCCUUAAAUCAACACAACGUGAAAAGAAUUUAGCUUUAUUAGAUUUUUACGGUUUUGAAUUAAUGGAUAAUAAUUCAUUUGAACAGUUCGCUAUCAACUAUAGUGCCGAAAAAAUCCAUCAAAAUUUCGUACACAACGUACUCAGGGUUGAACAAGAGCUGUAUGCCCGCGAGGGUCUUGAGUGGUCGCGUAUCGAUUAUUUUGAUAAUGAAUCAAUAUGUGAACUUAUCGAUAAACCGAACUAUGGUAUAUUAAGUAUAAUUAACGAAACACAUUUAACCACCAAUGAAGCUCUACUUCAGCGCAUUCAACAGUGUUGUGCAGGCCAUCCGAAUUUUAUGAUUUCUCAACCGAACUCCAUGUCGUUUCGUAUACGCCAUUAUGCGAAUGUCGUCCAGUAUUCGGUACAACGUAUUUUGGAGAAGAACUCCGAUAUGCUGCCAAAAUAUAUAAGUUCAGGUUUAUAUCAAAGUAAACUGCCACUCGUACAAAGUCUUUUUCCCGAAGGGAAUCCUCGAAGACAGGCCACUAAAAAACCCACCACUUUAAGUUCCAAUAUACGCACUCAAUUACAAACAUUACUCGCCAUAGUUAAGCCAAGACGUUCUCAUUAUGUAUUCUGUAUAAAGCCCAACGAAUGCCGCCAGCCCAAAAGCUUUGACAUGGCUUUGGUACAACAUCAAGUUCGCUACAUGUCCCUGAUGCCCCUGGUCAAUUUGUGUCGCCAAGGACAUUGUUUUCAUAUGUCUCAUGCCAAAUUCUUUCUGCGUUAUAAACUGCUAAACAAUAAGACCUGGCCUCAUUAUCUAGGUGGCAGUUGUGUUGAAGGUAUCGCCGUCAUUAUACGUAAUCUUCCUUUACCAUCGGCUGAAUUUACAAUUGGCACAAAAAACGUUUUCGUACGCAGUCCGCGAACUGUUUAUGAGUUGGAACAAUUUCGACGAGGUCGCAUGAACGAAUUGGCUGUACUAAUACAAACGACAUUCCGUAUGUACAAAGAUAGAAGAUUGUAUUUACGCAUGCGUGAAAGCCAAAUUGUGAUAGCAAGUACAUGGAGGACCUGGAGGGCUCGUGAAGAAUAUCGUAAUUUGCGUUAUAAACGACAAAUAAAAUGGGCUGUCGAUGUUAUAUCUCGUUAUUAUUUGCGUUUUAAAAUACGUCAAUAUUUUCUUACGAUACCGCUUAGAUUACCACCUAACACUUUGAGCCCUUUAUCGAUGGAUUGGCCUACGGCACCAACAUUCUUAACAGAAACUUCACGUCUGCUACGCGCCAUUUAUCAUCGUUGGAAAUGCUAUAUAUAUCGGAAUUCGUUUGAUCAGACCUCAAGAAAUCGUAUGCGCGAAAAAGUCACAGCCAGUAUAAUAUUUAAAGAUCGAAAAGCUUCCUAUCCAAGAAGUGUGCCUCAUCCAUUUAUUGGAGAUUAUGUACGUUUAAGACACAAUCAACAAUGGAAGAAAAUGUGCGUGGAAACAAAUGAUCAAUAUGUUGUUUUUGCGGAUAUUAUCAACAAAAUUACCCGAUCGAGUGGAAAGAUUGUGCCUAUUUUAUUAGUUUUGUCAACAUCAUCUUUAUUGUUAUUGGAUCAAAGGACCUUACAAAUAAAAUAUCGUGUACCGGCUGCUGAAAUUUAUCGCAUGUCAUUAAGUCCUUAUCUAGACGAUAUCUCUGUAUUUCAUGUAAAAGCCUCUGAAUUUGGACGUAAAAAAGGAGAUUUUGUAUUUCAAACGGCACAUGUUAUAGAAAUCGUAACAAAAAUGUUUUUAGUUAUACAAAAUGCCACUGGAAAACCACCUGAAAUACAUAUAAGUACAGAAUUUGAAGCAAAUUUUGGGCAACAAACAGUUAUAUUUAAUUUUAAAUAUGGUGGCAUGUCCAAUUUAGCACAAGGACCCCCUAAAGUUACUAGAAAAGCCAAUCGCAUGGAAAUUAUUGUAUGAUCCGCAUCAAAAACGUAUCGCUGGACCUCAUUAACAUUUUUAAAUGCCUACGAGCUUGAUGCUGUGGCAGAUUAAAAUAUAAACAAAAACACACUCUUACACCAACAAACCUACACCUUCUUCCAAUCUUUAAUAACAAAAACAACAACAACAACAAAACUGACAAUCAUACAGAUUCAGUUGUUCUAACAAAUAAAUUAUUAAAAAAAAAAUAAAAUAAAUUCUAAACAAAAUGUUUAAAAACAACUUGAAACAUAUUGUUUCAAAUUUGUUAUAUUCGUGUGCCAAAAAAAUAUUUUGAAAAUCUUAUAAAGCAGCCACAAACAAAAAAAAA